UUUAUUUGGGAAUCGAAAUGUUAGUGUUCGUAGCUUGUAGCAAAAAUAACUCGUCUCACUAAUAUCGUCACGCUGCAUCGUCAUAUCAGUGACGCUUUUUCCUGUUCGGUCUGAGUAAGAUACAACUGUCCGCGUGUCAAGAGAAUUGUUAGUAACUGUGACAGUGCAAAUCGUUACCUUAUAUGCAACUACUCAACUGAAAACUAAUAGAAAUAGUUUAGUGUUUAAUUGUAAGCAUGGCUACAAGCUGCGGGUUCGAAUUCAAAGCAAAACACUUCUGGUAUACAGACGUUGAAGCCGAAAAGUUUCAGAGAAUUCAGUGGACACCAAACAGAUGGAUUCACCUUGCUUACCGCGGCUUUAUGUUCGCUUACACAAUAGGCUGGCUUAUCGGUGCGUAUGUAGUUAACACAACAAGCACUGUAUACCAGUUCAUAAGCAAUUGGACGGAAGUGGUGAUGAACCUUUAUUUUCUGAUCGCAUUUCUAGUGUCAAUAUACGGUGUUGCUACAAGAGGCAAAGCACCGUCUAAAGGCCCGCUGCGAUGGUUCCAUAUCAUAAACUGGUGGAUGUUUAAUGUAGCAACCGUGGCUGCAUUUAAUGUAACGAUCUUCUAUUGGGCUUUGAUUGGACGAACACGGACAGCGGAACGAAAUCUGCGACCUGUUACAUUCCAUUUACACGUCACUAACUCAAUCCUCAUGCUCAUCGAUAUAUUUAUGGUUGCUUUCCCUGUCCGUCUCCUGCAUUUCUUCUACGCCCCGUUAUAUGGAGUUGUGUAUAUUCUCUUCAUGCUUAUUCUACAUUGGACCAACGUUAACUCAGCAAUAUAUGCAGCCGUUAACUGGAGUACCAGCCCUGCUACCUCAGCUGGCUACAGCAUUGCAGCGGUCAUAGUUCUGCCUAUAGUACUACAUGCUAUAGUAUUCGGACUUUACCACCUCAGAGCAUUAAUCGCGAGAAGGACUGUUCUAAAAGGAGAGCAGUCGGGAGAUGGCGCCACAGCGCAGUUUGGUGAAGUGGAAUUGGGAAAAACUAAUGCUGCUUUUGAACCAUCGGACACCCCGAAGCCUGAAACAGACAGCACUGCGAUGUAGAAGCAGCCUUAUCUUACCCUUCGUAUUUUUUAAUACUUUAACCUAUUACCGCGCAUAGUAUUAUUCGUAAUUUUACUCAAUACCCGCACUCACAAAAUCACCCCAACUGUGUUUUUAAAUUAAAGACGAAAUGAAAAACGUUUCAUUUCCACCAAGAAACCCCACGUCCCAUUUCGACUUGUAAAUAAUUUAUUGUUCUAUUCGGCGACCUUUACCUACAGCCGGUUAUUGAAUUGUUUUUACGGUUUCUUGAUGCCCAUUUUGGCGGCGUCUGUGGUGUAAUUAUGCCACAUUUUUUCCUUGGUUUUCCCAACAACAGUGCUCGAUAGCUGACGGUGUUCUUAAUGCAAUAUUGAUUGCGGUUAAGUAUAAGUUGACCUUCCAAACCCACACCGGUUGUUACAGUUUUAUACAAACUGCAUCCUUUUGUACCCUUGAUUUUUAUUUUUGCGCAAAAUACGUUAUAAUACAAAAUUUCCCAUACUACUCUUAAAAUGCA